AUCAGUCCGUCGUCGUAGCCGUGGUUCUCGUUUCUGCGCCAGUCGAAACCGUCACAAAGCCGUCAAAGCGUAGCAAAUAUUGUCAUUUGUCGAAAAUGUGUCAGGGUUCGAGAAGCAAUAUCUAAUAUCACACGAAAUUUUUCUUUAUUUCCAAACGCAACGCAUCAGCAAACCGCAAAGCACAGUGCCCGCCCGUAAACACCAUCCGAUCGAGUAGUUAGCAAAUUGAUCAGUGCGGCGAUAAUCACGCUGGGAAUGUCGACUUGGUGCGCGUAUUAAGCGCACGGCGAGUGUCGACCUACAGCCCCCAAUGAUGAGACCAAUAAUACAGCAAUAAUAGAGAAUGGACUCAGACUUAUACUCGACCGAUAUAUGCAGGGUGUGCAGGUCGGAGGGUCUUCCCGACCGUCCGCUCUUCCACCCCUGCAUAUGUACGGGCAGUAUCAAAUGGAUUCAUCAGGAGUGUCUGGUGCAGUGGAUGCGUUACUCGCGCAAGGAGUAUUGCGAGCUGUGCAGCCAUCGCUUCUCGUUCACACCAAUCUACUCGCCGGACAUGCCGCGCCGACUACCGUUGCGCGAUCUUGCCAGCGGCCUGCUCUCCUCCGUGAUAACAGCGUUAAGAUACUGGCUACACUUCACGUUGGUGGCGACCGCCUGGCUGGGCAUUGUGCCGAUCACAUCCUGCCGCAUCUAUCGAGCGCUCUUCAGCGCCAGUCUCGAGUUUAGCAUCUCCGAGUUUGCGUCGACCGAAAAUCUAGCGUCGGAUAUUUUUCACGGAUGCUUCAUUGUCACCUGCACAUUGUUCUCAUUUCUUGGUCUGCUUUGGCUGCGCGAGCAGAUCCUGCUCGGCGGUGGGCCAGAUUGGCUGGAGCGUGACAAUCAGCUGUUGAACCCCAAUGAGCCCGAGCAGCAGGAUGCGCAAGGCGAGCAGGAAAAUCAAAACAAUAAUGAUGUGAUACCCGAACGGCCUGAGGAGGAGAUCGCGGCGCAGAAUAAUCAGGAUAAUCCAGCGCCAGAGGAAGCGGCGCCUGCUGCAGGUGACCCACCUGCAGAACCACAAGCGCGAAAUAAUGAUGAACAGGAAAAUGCCAACGAUGACAACAACUGGAUCCCAAUGGAAUGGGACCGAGCAGCCGAGGAGUUAUCAUGGGAAAGAUUGCUCGGACUCGAUGGCUCGCUGCUCUUUCUCGAGCAUAUCUUCUGGGUGGUGUCGUUGAACACACUCUUCGUGCUCGUGUUUGCGUUCUGCCCGUACUUGAUGGGCUUCCUGUUUCUGUCCGUGAUGAAUCUGCGUGAGAAAGCGCUUGCUAGUCACUUCGAGGGAUUGCUGACCACGCUGCUUGGAUACUGUCUCGUUGGUAUCAUCUGCCUGGCACUACACCGGAUAGCUGCUUGUUUCCGUCUGCCUCGCACGCGUAGGAUUCUAGGCCUUUGCUACGUGGUAGUGAAAGUAGCAAUGCUGAGCGUCGUCGAGAUUGGCAUCUUACCGUUAAUCUGCGGCUGGUGGCUGGAUAUCUGUAGCUUGUCCAUGUUUGAUGCGACGCUGAAAGACCGCGAGAACUCAUUCCGAGUCGCGCCUGGCACUUCAAUCUUCAUCCAUUGGUUGGUUGGCAUGGUGUACGUGUACUACCUCGCCAGUUUUGUGUUACUGCUGCGUGAGAUCCUCCGGCCCGGCGUUUUGUGGUUCCUGCGCAACCUGAACGACCCUGACUUCAGUCCUAUUCAAGAAAUGAUCCACCUGCCGAUCUUACGACACAUCCGCCGGCUGUUGUCGUCGGCGGUGAUCUUCGGCAGCGUUGUCCUGCUGAUGCUCUAUGUGCCGAUCAGGUUACUUCGGUAUCUGUUACCGAACUUCCUACCAUACACGAUCUCCCUUAGUGGAGAUCUGCAAGUGAAUGAACUCUCAUUGGAGCUGCUGCUGUUGCAGGUCAUCCUGCCGGCGUUAUUAGAGCAGGGUCACACGCGAACCUGGCUCAAGGGAUUGAUCCGUGCGUGGUGUAAAGUGGUAUCAUGGUUCUUGGACUUGCAUUCAUAUCUUCUCGGCGACGACGAAGAGAGCCAAGAGCGACAACAGCAACAACGGCAACAACCGGAGCCGCAAGGUGGCUUGGGAGCUGCGCAUCAAGCGCUACUCAUCCGAGACGCUCCAACUGGCUUUCGUCCGUAUGACCGACCUUCGUUUUUUGUAAUGCGGAUUGUUUUACUGCUGCAAUUGGUUUGUUUUUCGCUGAUAGCGUCGAGUCUAGUUGCGCUGACACUACCGGUUUGGAUUGGGCGCAGAGUAAUGGCACUAUGGUUGGUUGGUGCACCACCACCAAGUCCGCAGAUUACUCCGUCGGCGGCGCAAACUGGAGUUUUGAAAGUGCAUGAGUUGUACACGGCUGCAUGCGGUACAUACCUCUGCUGGUUAGCGUUACGAGCGAUUAGUCUCAUCGUCAGUUGGCUGCCACAGGGACGCGCAGCGAUGAUUAACCGCCUGCGGCAUUGGUGUGUGCUAGGCGCGAAGACCAUAGUCGCCAGCACGAUUCUCCUCGGUGUGAUUCCACUCCUCCUUGGCCUGUUACUUGAACUCGUCGUCAUUAUACCACUACGUGUACCUAUUCAUCAGACCCCAUUAUUGUUCAUCUGGCAGGAUUGGGCACUAGGCGUGCUUUAUACGAAAAUCGCCUGUGCGAUCACAAUGAUGGGCCCGGAUUGGUUCCUGCGCACCGCCAUCGAACGCGCAUACCGUGACGGCAUCCGCGAGAUGAACCUGCGCUUCAUCUUUCGCGAACUCGCCGCACCUGUUGUCAUCAGCUGUGGACUGGCGCUCGCCGUGCCCUACGCAAUUGCCUACUCAGUGGUGCCGCUGGUUGUAAGCAACAUGUUUAUGCGCAACAUCAUCGCGCGCCGCAUCUAUCCGUUCCUGCUGCUCGUCGGCCUUGCGCUGCUGGUGAUUACGUUACAAAUACGGCAGUUCCGCAAGUUGUACGAGCACAUCAAGAACGACAAGUACCUGGUGGGACAGCGCCUCGUCAACUACGACCAUCGGCGCUCACGUACACGUGUCGCGUCGAAUUGACCGGCCACGCGCGACGUUUCGGCCGCACGCUUGGACACUUGAAUCGGCCACGAUCGCGCUCAAAGAAUUUAAUAUUUUUGUGACUGUUUUUGUAUGUUUUGUAUGUACAUUUGCGCUUCGACGGCGUUAGCGAAAUUGAUGGUGCACGGAGGUGGAUGAUUGCGUGGGGAGCCUUGUAAAGGUAGUUCGGUUAGGAGAAUUUAUGAAGGCGGUGAUGAUCAUUUAGACCGGUUGUUUUUUUUUUGUUUGUUUGUUUAGUUCUGUUUCUCGAACAUCACUUUUGUUAUCGGUACAUUUUUCGGAGCAUGGGGGAUCUUAACUACUUUCUGACACUGAAAUAUGCAAGCUGAUCUUAUGGAGACUUCUUUUCAUUUCUGGUAGUACAUUGUAAAUUUGUUAGUACUAUUUUCUGUCAAUCAAAUUGAUAUUACUUGAUACAGCUUGUAUAUGUGAUAAUUCUUUGUGUAAAAUAAAGAAAUCCACUUGAAA